AGUGUUUGCCUGCCAAGUGAUAUACCAGGAGUAAAUUGCUGCACAUGUAAAGAAACUGGAGAAGAUGGUAUACUAGACCCAAUCACUGAUGAAUGUUAUUGUAAGUGUAUGUGUAAAGUUGGAGAAGAAUUUUACAUGAGUUACAAGAGGCAGGGUGGUCAGUGCAUAUGUGAAAGGUGUCCAGAUAAAAGAAUUAAAACAUUAAGGGCAGAUGGAUCUUUAUGGUGCCCCUGUAAAUGUGCUGAUGGACAGGAUUAUGACAAAAUGAGACCUGAUGGAUCAUGUGAUUGCUCUUGUUUAUGCAAAGAUCGUAUUACGAAAGAUAUAAUUGAUCAGAAUAGUCAAUGUCCAUGUAAAUGCGAAUGUAAAGAUUGCAGUCUAUCCAGCUUAGGAUCAGAUGGUAAAUGUGCUUGCCAGGACAAAUGCCCUUGUGGUGAUAAUAAACAUGGUAUUUGGAGGAACUGUAAAUGCUAUCUCCAAAAGCCUGGAUGCGUGAUCCAAGGUGCAUGUCCUGCCCCAAAUUGUAAAGUUUGCAGAGUCGAAUGUUGCAAAGAUGAAGACUGUAAUAAAGAACGGCCAGGAUAUCCAUGCAUGGUUUGCAACAACUACAUUUGUGAAAACUGCACUGCUUGUAAACCUCUACCAGAUAUCAAAGAUGGCACAAUAACAUAUAGUAAUGACAGCCUUGCCCAGGGUACCCUUGCUUACUAUGUUUGCAAUCCACCAACAGAACUUAACAACCAUAAACUUACACCUCGGCUUUGCACUGAUAAGUUUACAUGGACUGGUACAGCCCCGGUUUGUAUGGUAUUUACACACCCAGGAAAUUGCUCAGCAUUGGCCAGCAUUGAGGGUGGAAGUAUAACAUAUUCUAAUGACAAAAAAAUACCAGGAACAUUUGCUUAUUACGUGUGUCAUGAAGGAUAUGAGAUCAAGGAAGCAAGCACUGCUACAAGAACAUGUACAGAGAAUUUGACAUGGGAUGGUACAGAACCCUCCUGUGUGAAAUCAAAUCCCUACCAAUGUGAUCUAUUACCAGAUAUCAAAGGAGGUUCUAUAUCUUAUUCUGAUAAAAGAAGACCACCGGGAACCCUCGCCUUUUAUAAUUGCAGUUACCUGUAUGAAUUGGAUGAUCCAAAUUUAUCACCAAGAAAAUGCCUUAAUGAUUCAACAUGGGAGGAGCCAGCCCCAUCAUGCAUAAUAUACUAUCCACCAGGUGUAGAUUGCCCAGCUAAUAGCUCUGAUCCAAAAAUUGGGGAUGUGCAUAGGCUAUUCCCUGAUACAACUUCAUGCCAUAGAUUUUACCAUUGUGGCUUGGAUGGUAUACCUUGGCUAAAAUGGUGCCCUUCUGGUUUACUUUGGAAUAAUGACAGAUUAUAUUGUGAUUGGCCAAAAAAUGUAGAGUGUCCUACUGAAGGAGAUGGAUUGGAGUGAAGUACAAUACCUACUUAUUUUACUAGAUCUGCAACUUCUAUGGCCAACAAUAGACUGAUGUAUUGAAUGCCAGAUCUUUAUCAUAUUAAAAUCUCCUCCAUAAUAUAAAAAUGACUGCUUUCUCAUUUUGUCUUGCUCACAAAUAAUAUAAUUUUAUUGAAAACCUAAUGAUUAAUAAAAAACAAUGCAUUAGUAAGAAA